GUUGCUGGGAUCUUGGCCAUCAACCAUAGCAGAAGACGGGUUACUUCUUCUCUGCUGCCAGUCCCGAUAAGCGACAGCUCCUUUGAUCGCCUUCGCCCCAUGCCAUUGACGCUAGAGCAGGUACCUAUAAGGUUCUAAUACCUAGGGCAGUCUUUUGUGUGAAGCGUGGGACGGUUCGCGCCAGUCUCUUUCGCAGGUUUCACCGCGUCGACCGUUAUAUCAGAGCGCCUUCCCCUAAGGCGAGGCCCACACCGCUCCUUUCUUUCCAAUUCCUUGCCUGCCAACAACGAUCAUGGCCGCGACUCUGAUCCCAAGAAAAUUUCGGCCAGCGGACGUGGAUGACGAUGCUGAGCCCGGAUGGUUCAGGCGUCAGGUCACCAGUGGCCUACAAUUCGUCUCUCGCCGUGCCUGUCUUCAUCCCAUCCACACCAUCGUGGUAUUUGCCCUUCUUGCCAGUACCACAUAUGUUGGUCUUCUUGAGGGUAGCUUGUUCGAUUCUUUCAGAAAUCCCAGGAAUGUCGCUGGCCAAGUGGAUGUGGACACCCUCCUUCAGGGCAGUAGACACCUACGACUCGGGGAGAGUACCUCCUGGAAGUGGCAGGUGGAAGACGUCUUGACUGCCGAAGACUACGAUGCUGCUCAGCACAUGGCACUGGCUACCUUUAUCUUCCCGGAUUCUAUGUCGAAGUCCGCUUCCACGGCUCCUCUCGCCGAUGGGGUCCCGAUCCCUGCCAACACUUCCGCACAACGGGUGCCUCACACACCGAAUCUUUUUUCGCCUUUCUCCCAUGACUCGUCUCUCGUGUUCACGCUUCCUUUUGAACAGGUAUCUCAGUUCUUGAAGGCAGUACAGGAGAUCCCUGAGCCUUCCGUCGACGAAGAUGAGGGAGAACAAAAGAAGUGGAUUAUGCGAGCUGCUCGUGGUCCGGCUUACGGAUCUAGUGGGGCCCUGAAGCUUUGGUUGGCAGAUGCAUGGGGCUCCUUCGUAGAUCUGGUCAAGCAUGCCGAAACCAUCGACAUCGUUAUCAUGACUCUGGGUUAUCUUUCGAUGCAUCUCAGCUUUGUCUCCCUUUUCUUCUCGAUGCGGCGCCUGGGCUCAAACUUCUGGCUGGCUACCACGGUUCUUUUCUCCGGUUGCUUUGCCUUUUUGUUUGGUCUUCUGGUGACAACCAAGCUUGGCGUUCCCAUUAACAUGCUGCUUUUGUCGGAGGGCCUCCCGUUCCUUGUUGUGACUAUUGGUUUCGAGAAGCCGAUUAUUCUCACCCGGGCUGUCCUGAGCGCGUCCGUAGAUAGGCGGCAAGGCUCCCGGGCCGGCAAAACUGGCGCCCAAACGACCCCGAGCACCCCCCUAUCCAUCCAGGACUCCAUCCAAACUGCCAUCAAGAAGCAAGGUUUCGAGAUUGUCAGAGACUAUUGUAUUGAAAUUGCUAUUCUCGUGGCUGGUGCAGCUUCUGGAGUCCAGGGCGGAUUGAGGCAGUUCUGCUUCCUCGCCGCCUGGAUCCUGUUCUUCGAUUGCCUCUUGCUGUUCACUUUCUACACUACUAUCCUCUGUAUCAAGCUUGAGAUCACUCGCAUCAAGCGCCAUGUUGCACUCCGCAAGGCUCUCGAGGAAGAUGGAAUCACCCACCGUGUCGCUGAGAACGUCGCCUCAAACAACGACUGGCCCUUGGCGGGAUCGGAGAAUGAUGGGACCAGCGAGACCAGCAUUUUCGGGAAGAAGAUCAAGUCAAGCAAUGUGCGCCGCUUCAAGAUUCUUAUGGUCGGAGGUUUCAUCCUGAUCAAUGUGGUGAACUUGUCCGCCAUCCCCUUCCGGAAAUCGACUGGCAUUCCCCUCCUCUCUCGAGUUUCGAAUGUGCUGGCUCCCACUCCUAUUGAUCCAUUCCGGGUGGCUGAGAAUGGACUCGACUCGAUUUACGUUUCUGCGAAGAGCCAGAUGAUGGAGACAAUUGUGACCGUCAUCCCUCCGAUCAAGUACAAGCUGGAAUACCCCUCUGUGCACUAUGCUGCCUUUGGAGAAAGCCAAUCAUUCGACAUUGAGUACAGCGACCAGUUCUUGGAUGCAGUUGGCGGGCGCGUCAUUGAAAGCUUGCUCAAGAGUAUCGAAGACCCGAUCAUCAGCAAGUGGAUCAUUGCGGCUCUCACCCUGAGCAUUGUCCUGAACGGUUAUCUCUUUAACGCUGCGAGGUGGAGUAUCAAGGAGCCGGAGGCCGCCGCCCCCAAGGUGGAGCCCCCGACGCCUAAGGUCUACCCGAAGAUUGAUUUGAACAACCAAGAGGGCCCCAAGAGAACCUCGGAGGAAUGUGAACUGUACCUGAAGGAGAAGCGGGCAUCUUACUUGUCAGAUGAAGAACUGGUUGAGCUCUCAUUGCGCGGCAAGAUCCCGGGCUAUGCUCUUGAGAAGACGAUGGAAAAUGAUGAGCUCAUGAGUCGUGUUGAUGCUUUCACCCGCGCGGUCAAGAUUCGCAGAGCUGUCGUGGCCAGGACUGCGGCCACAUCCGAAUUCACGAACUCGCUGGAGAAUUCCAAGCUUCCUUAUAAGGAUUACAACUACACUCUGGUCCACGGUGCCUGCUGCGAGAAUGUCAUUGGUUAUCUGCCUCUACCUCUUGGUGUUGCCGGCCCUAUCACGAUUGAUGGCCAAAGCUAUUUUAUCCCCAUGGCCACUACCGAAGGUGUCUUGGUGGCUAGUACCAGCCGUGGUGCCAAGGCCAUCAACGCUGGAGGUGGUGCGGUUACUGUUCUGACAGGUGACGGUAUGACGCGUGGUCCUUGUGUUGGUUUCCCUACGCUCGCACGAGCCGCCGCUGCCAAAGUCUGGCUUGACUCGGAGGAAGGCCAAAGCGUUAUGAUGGCUGCAUUCAACUCUACCAGUCGCUUUGCUAGGCUACAACACAUGAAGACCGCUCUUGCUGGCACCUACUUGUACAUUCGGUUCAAGACGACAACGGGUGAUGCUAUGGGUAUGAACAUGAUCUCCAAGGGUGUCGAAAAGGCGCUUCAUGUGAUGGCCACUGAAUGCGGCUUCGACGAUAUGGCCACGAUCUCGGUUUCUGGAAAUUUUUGCACUGACAAGAAAUCCGCUGCGGUCAACUGGAUCGACGGGCGUGGCAAGUCGGUUGUGGCGGAGGCUAUCAUCCCAGGCGAAGUCGUUCGCAGUGUCCUUAAGAGUGAUGUGGACGCCCUUGUUGAGCUGAACACCAGCAAGAACCUGAUUGGUAGUGCAAUGGCGGGAAGUUUGGGUGGCUUCAACGCGCAUGCGUCCAACAUUGUCACUGCUGUUUUCCUGGCCACUGGUCAGGACCCUGCACAGAACGUGGAGAGCAGCAGCUGUAUCACCACCAUGAGAAACCUCAAUGGCAACCUUCAGAUUGCCGUGUCGAUGCCUUCCAUCGAAGUUGGAACGAUCGGUGGUGGUACGAUUCUGGAGGGACAAUCCGCCAUGCUUGAACUGCUGGGAGUGCGCGGAUCUCACCCCACCACCCCAGGCAACAAUGCCCGCCAGCUUGCGCGUAUCGUGGGCGCUGCAGUUCUUGCAGGAGAGCUGAGUUUGUGCUCUGCGCUUGCCGCAGGCCACCUUGUCAGGGCGCACAUGGCCCACAACCGCAGUGCUGCCCCCACACGCUCAGCGACGCCCGUGUCUGCCGCCGUUGGCGCGGCUCGUGGCCUUGCUAUGACAUCGUCGAAAUGAACGGGGGGUGUUUAGUGCGCCGUAUUCGCCUCGCCCACCCGCUACGUGAUGAGAUUAUGUACACCGAUAAUACUGCUGCUUGCAGACUC